AUGGCUUCCAACGGGUCAAAAUCCUCACACGAACUCAGCCUGUUGGCCGCGUCUGGGUUCAAGUUCAGCAAGGAAGAUAGGAAGGCGGGCAAAGUCAAACUCAAGAGACUCCCCUUCCAAGUCAAGAAGAAUGGAGCCAAAAAUGGCGCCGCUUCUACUGUCCUGUCCCCAGUCACACCGCUCUUCGAUAAAGAUACUAUGGAGAACUUUCCCGAAGGAAAGCAAGAACCCCUCGAGACUCUCAUCUGCAAGCAUUGCAAGAAGGUGGUCCUGAAACGAACGGCGAAGGAGCACGUCGCCCUCUGUCUCAAGUCGAAGCAAGAGAAGGCGCGCAAGAAGAAAGAGGCUCGUGAAGCAGCACAACGGGCUAAGGAACGUGCAGAAAGGGCCGACGAUGAUGACGACGACGAUGAUGAUCCGAAAGACGGUAAGGCCAGAAAGGGCGCAGCCAACGGUGAAGGCGACGAUUACACCAAGAAGGGCAAGAAGCGCAAGGCUGAUGCUGAAGAUGACAAAGAGCCCAAGAAGAAAAAGAACAAGAAGGAAGAGCAGAAGCCCAAGGCCCCGAAACCAAAAGGACCUGUUGACGUUGAGAAGCAGUGCGGAGUCACGCUCCCCAAUGGUGCUCAGUGUGCCAGGAGCUUGACGUGCAAGAGUCAUUCAAUGGGAGCCAAGCGUGCGGUUCCUGGUAGAAGUCUACCAUACGAUAUGUUGUUGGCCGCAUACCAGAAGAAGAACCAGGCAAGGCAGCAAAAAGCUGCAAUCGACGCCAAUGCCCCGGCUCUUCUUGACGACGAUCUCGACGGCGCUCUGUCUGGACCGGUCGACUCGGAUGAAGAAAAAGAUUCGAUCAUGACUGCGAUUUCUCGAAGUCUGUCUCGGCCCCAACCACUGAUCACACGUACACUAUUUCCUACGAGACGGAAAUAUCAGCUCGUCCGGCUGAAAGAAUCGCUCUCCAAUGCCUUGAGCGGUAACAGGAGCGGGGGACUAUUCAGUGUCCCGCCAGAUAGCGCCAAAAUGGCAGUCCCUCCCUCUGCGACAAACGAGACCUUCUCACUACUCUCCGCAACUUCCGCGCCGACCGGUGUUGGCAUGGCCCAGCCAGGACUGAAGGUCCCUAUGCGAAAGACAUCGAUCGACGCAACUUGA